AUGGAGCCGCCUCUCAGCGCUCUGUCCCAGGACGCUCUGUUCUGCCACAGAGCGGGACACUUCCCCUCCGCUCCACUGGGGGCGCCCUUCCCCCUCAUGUCCCGCUGCAGCAGCAGCACUCUGCUCACCAACCUGGGGCUGCGCUACGGCCCACGACAGGGGCCUCUGCGGGGCCUGGUGCCUCCCUCCUGCGUCCUCACGGGCAGCAGACCCUACCGCAGCAUGGAGAACCUCAGCUGGAGCCCGUUGUUCGACCCAAACCUGUCCGGCCACUGCUACCGAAGCGUGGACAGCGAACUCAUCCUGCGCUACACCUCCACGAGCCACUGGUACGACGGCCCCCCGGACCCUACCAUCCCCUGCGCCCCCUCCCUCCAUCCAGACAGCCUCGCCCUCUACCCGCGCCACUGCAUCCCCCGGAAGGACGUCUCGCUCAUCCCCCACUUCCUGCUGCCCGGUGGCCUCGACGAAUGGGACGCCAGGAAAGGAUUACGAGAUAAGCUCCGCCUCCAAAGCGCUCGGUCGGCAGGUGAAGCCACGAAAGCUCUCCCGAUGCGAACGCAGACCAACCAAACCCCGGAACAGUACGGAUCCAUCAACGGGAAACCCACUCGGAUUACAAGCCAUGAAGAGAUUAAGCGAGAGGUUUUACGGCGUUUGAAACUUCGCCGGCAAAACAGUAGCCCGAAUUUAGCACUCGCUAGCUCUUCCGGCAGCUUGAAUGAACUAGCGACGUCGUUUACCACGGACAACAUCGCUGGGAAUAGAAAUAGUUUGGUUUCGGAAGUUCGCAGACCACCGUUAGGGCGAUUGCACAUUCCCACUUUUGAGGAGUUUAAGAAAAUGCGGCAAAAAGAAGCUAACGGAUCUAUGACUAACGGAUCUACAGCUAUCGCCGAAGCUAACGAUGUAGCUUUAAUAGAUUUGAACGGACAAAUACAGACUGAUACACAAGCUAGUUCUGAUAGCAGCAAAGAAUUAGCAACUUCUGCGAUGGAUGGUACAAGGCAUUUUUCUCCGAUUCGGACCGUACCAUCUCCCAGAGGACCCUUCCAAGUGUUAGCUAGCUCAUCUCAGUUGUCGGGGGCCAGUAGCAAACCCAGACGGAGUAGCCUGGACACGGUGGGAUCGGUUCCCUUCCCUCCAAACAGAGACGUGGUUGAGAGGCCGUCGAGCUGUUGUCCCGCGCUGCUUCUGGAAGGAUCGGAACUGUCCAAGUACGGAGCAAAGAUCUACAAGAUGAAAGACGGACUCAUCGGGUCAGCGCUGGACCUGAUCAAGAAAAGCCGCAGUAUACAGGCGCUCUGUCCUCUGCUCCUCCUCAUACAGACGCAGUAUACAGGCGCUCUGUCCUCUGCUCCUCCUCAUACAGCCGCAGUAUACAGGCGCUCUGUCCUCUGCUCCUCCUCACACAGCUGCAGUAUACAGGCGCUCUGUCCUCUGCUCCUCCUCAUACAGACGCAGUAUACAGGCGCUCUGUCCUCUGCUCCUCCACAUACAGCCGCAGUAUACAGGCGCUCUGUCCUCUGCUCCUCCACAUACAGCCGCAGUAUACAGGCGCUCUGUCCUCUGCUCCUCCACAUACAGCUGCAGUAUACAGGCGCUCUGUCCUCUGCUCCUCCACAUACAGCCGCAGUAUACAGGCGCUCUGUCCUCUGCUCCUCCUCAUACAGACGCAGUAUACAGGCGCUCUGUCCUCUGCUCCUCCUCAUACAGCCGCAGUAUACAGGCGCUCUGUCCUCUGCUCCUCCUCACACAGCUGCAGUAUACAGGCGCUCUGUCCUCUGCUCCUCCUCAUACAGACGCAGUAUACAGGCGCUCUGUCCUCUGCUCCUCCACAUACAGCCGCAGUAUACAGGCGCUCUGUCCUCUGCUCCUCCACAUACAGCCGCAGUAUACAGGCGCUCUGUCCUCUGCUCCUCCACAUACAGCCGCAGUAUACAGGCGCUCUGUCCUCUGCUCUUCCACAUACAGCCGCAGUAUACAGGCGCUCUGUCCUCUGCUCCUCCUCACACAGCUGCAGUAUACAGGCGCUCUGUCCUCUGCUCCUCCACAUACAGCCGCAGUAUACAGGCGCUCUGUCCUCUGCUCCUCCUCACACAGCUGCAGUAUACAGGCGCUCUGUCCUCUGCUCCUCCUCAUACAGACGCAGUAUACAGGCGCUCUGUCCUCUGCUCCUCCACAUACAGCCGCAGUAUACAGGCGCUCUGUCCUCUGCUCCUCCUCAUACAGACGCAGUAUACAGGCGCUCUGUCCUCUGCUCCUCCACAUACAGCCGCAGUAUACAGGCGCUCUGUCCUCUGCUCCUCCUCAUACAGCCGCAGUAUACAGGCGCUCUGUCCUCUGCUCCUCCUCAUACAGACGCAGUAUACAGGCGCUCUGUCCUCUGCUCCUCCACAUACAGCUGCAGUAUACAGGCGCUCUGUCCUCUGCUCCUCCACAUACAGCCACAGUAUACAGGCGCUCUGUCCUCUGCUCCUCCACAUACAGCUGCAGUAUACAGGCGCUCUGUCCUAUGCUCCUCCACAUACAGCCGCAGUAUACAGGCGCUCUGUCCUAUGCUCCUCCUCACACAGCCGCAGUAUACAGGCGCUCUGUCCUCUGCUCCUCCUCACACAGCCACAGUAUACAGGCGCUCUGUCCUAUGCUCCUCCUCACACAGCCGCAGUAUACAGGCGCUCUGUCCUCUGCUCCUCCUCACACAGCCACAGUAUACAGGCGCUCUGUCCUCUGCUCCUCCUCAUACAGCUGCAGUAUUGA